GCACAUCGUAAGACACCUUCGGGUCUUGAAAGACAGACAUUUGCGCUGGGAACCCUGGGAUCUUCCUUUCCAGCGAGGGCUCGUAAUCUACAAACAUGGGCAAGUGUCGUGGUCUGCGUACCGCCAGAAAGCUGCGGAACCAUCGCCGUGAACAGAAAUGGCACGACAAGCAGUACAAAAAGGCCCAUUUGGGUACCGCACUGAAGGCCAAUCCCUUUGGUGGCGCGUCUCAUGCCAAAGGCAUUGUCCUUGAGAAAGUUGGUGUUGAAGCUAAGCAGCCCAACUCUGCUAUCAGGAAGUGUGUCAGGGUCCAGCUGAUCAAGAAUGGCAAAAAAAUCACCGCUUUUGUUCCAAAUGAUGGUUGCUUGAACUUCAUUGAGGAAAACGAUGAAGUUCUUGUGGCAGGAUUUGGUCGCAAGGGCCAUGCCGUUGGUGAUAUCCCUGGUGUGCGAUUCAAGGUGGUGAAAGUUGCCAAUGUGUCACUCCUGGCCUUGUACAAAGGCAAGAAAGAGAGACCAAGAUCAUAAAGCACCUUUGAAUACAAUAAAGGUUUUUCAAUUCUGAA